AUGGACAAUCAAUUGUAUGACGAAAUGGAAAUGACAGCUGAAAAGGAAUUAGAUGCAUUAAUAGUUGCUAGUCAAAUGGAGUCAAAUUUUGAUAUAGAUAAAAUACUGAAUGAUAAAGCAAAGAAAAGAAAAUUUACUAAAACAAAUGUCAAGAAUCUUAUCAAGAAUGUAAUUACAAAUGCUGAUGUAGCUACAAUGUUACGACAAACUUUAGAUGAAAAUAUAGACGCCAAUUGCUUAUAUGAACCAAAAUUUACAAGAGCAAAAAUAAGAGAAAUGUUAAAUAAUUAUCCAACUUCUACUCAUCAGUUGUCUACAAACCAGGAACAAUCAAUCUUAUCAGAAUGCAAAUCAUUAAUUGAAAAAGAAUUUCCUGAUGAUUCUGAAGAUGAAGAGUAUCAUCCAGAUAAAAUGUUUGAGGAGGAAGAAGAUGAAGAUGACGAUGAUGACUUUAAAUCAAGAGAAGUUAAUAAAUCAUUUGAUACAGAAAAUGAUCCUGAUAUUAGUGAUAAUAAAACUAUAGUUGAUGUAAAUGAAAAGGAAACAAUUGGAAUGCGUACAAGGUCAAAGUUAUCUUUAAAUGAUACUCCGUUAGAAAUAAUUGAACAAGCUUUUAUACCACCAGAUAUCACCGAGGAUAUGUAUGAUUCAGCUUGUGAAAAUGAUGAAUGGUUGGAGUUUCUUAGUGAAUUUACAAAGCCUUUAGAGUCGGUUCAGAAUGAUGAUGGUGAAGAUGAUCCAGAAUAUAAUGUUCUUGGUGAUGAUGAUUUUACUAAUGUUGAUAAAGAAGAAUUUCGUAUUGAUAAAUCAGUGAAAGUCACACGUAAAGAGUAUAAUGAUUUAAUGAAUGAAUUGAAUGAAUUUACUGAAAGCUUCCUUAAAUUCAACGGUCAAGAAGCAUUAGAAAUUCCUACUGAUAUUAAAGAAAUUGAUAAUGAUGAGAACGAUGUUAAACUUAAAAAUGAUGAUCAAUCUAUUCCUGUUCAUGCCAGUAUUCAAAAUAAUUAUCAUGAUUGGAAAUCAAAUACUACUAGUGCUUUAAACAAUAAAAAUGCUGUUAAACGUACAAGUUGUUGUCAAUUAAAUCCAGUUUUUAUGUUAAAUUAUUCUAAUCCAAAAUCAACCACCAAUUUUACAAAUUAUUAUGCAGAACCUGUAGAAGUGGCCAGAUAUAACACACAAAUAGAUAAACAGUUUAAUGUUUCAGAGUUUAAUAAUAGUCUACUUAGUAUCAAUGAAAAUCUUGAAAAGCGUAGCUGUAUACUUCCUUUACCAACAUUUAAAGACAAUUUUCAGUUGGGCAUUGAACAGAACAAUUUUAAUGAAGAAAUGUCUGUGAUAACAAAUAUAGUUCCUCAAUAUGUAAAUAUUAACCAAGUAAACAUAAUGACACAAAAACAAAUUAUUUUAUUCAAACAACAACUCACACAACAUGUCCAAUUAAUAACUCAAAAUUACUUGUUAAGUACAAUGUCAAAAAAGUAUCAAAAUAAUUGCAGAAAGUAUAAAGCUAUGUUGGAGCAAAUCAAAAAUUUUUGUAAAGAUAAAAAGUAUAUACCAAUUAAUAUACAUCCUUCUUUAAAAUUUAUUCGAGAUUGGACUGAAGUUGUAACCAGAGAAAAGGAUAUUAAUAGCGACUAUGUUGUAUUACCAUUAAAUGUGAAAGAGUUUAUGCUAUAUUAUGAUAAACCUGUGUUUAUCUAUCCUCAGUUGUUACCAACAAGAACUUACCAUCAUGAAAUUGUACAUUGUCCUAUUGGACCUUCAGAAGAGAAACUUUUGGUAUUAAAAAUAGAUUAUAUUUAUAAGAAGCUGAAAGAGAGUGCUAAUACUCGAGCGAAAUAUAAAAAAAAGAGUUUAUCUGACUUGAUGCCAAUGAUAUUAAAAACUGUACACCGGAGAUGGUUUUCAAACAGAGCUAUGAAACAUAUAAAACAGUUAAUAACACGACAGAAAAAUUCUUUUGAAAUGAAUGUUGUUAAGAAUUAUUUAAUGCAUGGCAAAAUUGAAGAAUCUUCUUAUGUAAUUGACAUUAAAGCUCUCUUUACGAAAAAACGUUUAUAUGAGUGUGAUGUUCGAAAGUUUCCAUCAAGUUGGAAGUCAAUUAGAAAUCAAUUAAAGUUAAGAAAAUAGAAACAUUUUACUUUGAAAAUAAGCCCUUAAAUUAUAAGUUUUAAAAUUAAUUACUAUUA